AUGGGCGCCGAACCGUCGCCGUCCUCGGAGCUACGCCGGCAAUCGAAAAACCCUGCCGAAGGAGAUGACCAUGAUGAAUCUGUUUCUCUUUUUGGGAGCACCAGUCCAGGUGUUAGGCGCAUGGAGGCUGUCGCACAGCACAUCAACUUGCCCGGCAGAGUUAUCCUUUUUGUUGGCAUUUUUGUUGUUGCAUAUGUCUACUCUCUAGAUAUUUCGCUUCGGUAUGCGUACCAGCCUACGGCUACGGAUAGCUUCAGCACACACAGUCUGCUGGCUACAAUAUCUGUCUUGAGGAGCGUCAUUGCUGCCGCUGCGCAGCCUACAUCGGCCAAGAUUGCCGACGUCUUUGGGCGCAUCGAACUGCUGCUGCUGUCAAUCUUCUUCUACGUUAUUGGCACCAUUGUCGAUGCCACGUCCAACGGCGUGGAGGCAUUCUCAGCCGGGGCGGUGUUGUACCAGACUGGCUUUACCUGCGUAUCCUUCCUUGUCGAGGUCAUCCUGUCCGACGUCACGUCUCUGCGCUCUCGUCUAUUUUUCUCCUAUGUUCCAGUCAGCCCGUUUCUCAUAAAUGCAUGGGUCAGCGGUGAUGUUGCCCAGGCAGCCCUGGCCAGCAUUGGCUGGAGACUCGGUAUUGGCAUGUGGGCAAUCAUUUAUCCUGCGUCCACCAUUCCACUGUUUAUUGCCCUCUGGUGGGCUCACAGGCGGGCAAAGCAAUCAGGCGACUUGGGCAAGUACAAGACACCAUUUCAAAUGCUCGGCGGUUUCAAGCUGGCCAAGGCCCUGUUCUGGCAAUUGGAUGUGGUUGGCAUGAUUCUCAUGAUUGCCGUGCUAUCCCUGAUCUUGGUUCCGCUUACACUCGCGGGAGGUUCAUCCACAAGCUGGCACCAGGGCCACAUCAUUGCACCAUUGGUUAUUGGAAUCUUGUGUAUACCGGCCUUCGUCUUUUGGGAGGCGCGGGCAAAGCAUCCCAUGAUGCCGCUGCACCUGCUGAAGGAUCGAAUGGUCUGGGGAGCACUCGGCAUUAUUGCAGCCAUGAACUGCGCAGCCUCCUGCCAGGGCGACUAUCUAUAUACCGUGUUGGUUGUUUCCUUCAACCAGUCGGUUUUAAGUGCCACGCGCAUCACCAACUUGUAUUCGUUCACAUCCUGUCUGACAGGUCUCUUCUUUGGCCUCGUCGUCUACAAACUCCGUCGACUAAAGUGGAUGAUCGUCUUCGGCACCUGUCUACACCUCGUCGCAUUUGGCCUUUUGAUCCAGUUCCGCGGCGGCGAUGGAGCCAACUACUCUGGCAUGGUGGGCGCACAAGUUCUCCUCGGUGUAUCGUGCGGCAUGUUCACGUACGCUGCCCUGGCGAGCAUCCAGGCCGCUACGCGCCACGAGCAUCUUGCCGUGAUAACGGGAGUGUACUUUGCGUGCUUCAACGUCGGCGGUGCCAUUGGAAAUGCCAUAUCCGGUGCUAUCUGGACGCAAAUUUUACCGGGACAGCUGCAGAAUGACCUGGCGGAAUUUGGAAACUCGACAUUGGCUGAGGUGGUGUACAAUUCGCCGUUUACGGCUAUUGAGGAUUACCCGUGGGGUUCUCCUGAGCGAGACAGGAUAGUGGUGUCGUAUCGAUAUACGCAGAGGAUCUUGUGUAUUACGGGUAUUUGUAUCGCUGCGUUGGUAAUUCUAUUUGCCUUGUCGUUGAGGGACCCGAAACUGGGAGAUGAGCAGUCACUUCCGAAUGCUGAAGUUAAGGAUGUCAAGUAUAAUGAGGUCAAGACUGAUCCUGCUACGGAAAGGGAAUAA